AUGUGGGAUGUUACAGAUGGGCAGUUAAGGCUCAAUACAAAUUGGACUGCUUCUUCUUUUGCAGAGCAACUUCACCAAGACUAUGGUUACAUACCAUUUAGAGCAAUAGUGUACAGAGCAAGAGCCAUGGUAGUUGACAUUGUAGAGGGGCCUAUGGUUUGCUUGGAAGGGUGUCAUGUCAAAGGGCCUCACCCUGGGCAAAUGCUUUCUGCAAUGGGAGUUUAUGCAAACAAUGGAAUCUUUCCACUUGUCUACACAUAUGUAGUGAUUGAGAGAAAUUCAACGUAG